GCCCCCAACUCCCCCACCUCUCCACCUCGCCUUCGCUUAAAAGCUCGCCCUCGACCGAAUCCACUCUCCCCCUCCUCAACCCGCAGCCGCCACCAAACAAAACCACUCCGCCGCGCUCCCGCCUGCGCACCAUCCGGAUUUCUUUCUUCGCACUGGUUUCAGCGGACGCGGCGUUGAUCGGCGGGCCAUGGAGAAGACGAAGCUGCAGCUGCCGCUGCCGCUGGUGCACGGCGAGCGGCUGUGGGCGCGGCCGUGGCGGUGGGCCAAGACGGCCUUCUUCAUCGUCGCCAUGCUCGCCUCGCUGCUCCUCGUCUGCGCGCCGCCGCUCCUCGUCGUGCUCCUCGACCUCCUCCUCCCGCCCGCGCUCCUCUCCAACUUCCUCCGCGCGCAGGCCCAGGCGCAGGCGCACUCCCCCUCAUUCGCCGCCGAGCUCGCCGACCAGGCCAGGGCCUUCCGCUUCGGCUCCUCGCUCGUCGACCUCCCCGCCGUCUCCGCCGCGCGCUCCCUCCUCAUCCUCUGCGCCUACACCGCCUGCGGCGGCGGCGCGGCAUACAUGUGGGUGGCCGUCGCCUGCAGCGUCGCCUCCCUCUGCUACGUCCUCGCCAAGGCCGUCGCCGUGUUCGGCGUCGCCGGCGCCGCCACCGGGCUCGGCUUGCAGGGGAAGGGCCAUCUCGUCGCCGUCGAGGCCAUGUUCCUCAUGUCGCUCGCGCUCGCCGCCGCGCACCUCGCCAUGGCCUACCGCGCCAGCUGCCGCGAGCGCCGCCGCCUGCUCGUCUACAGAAUCGACGUCGAAGCUGUGAGACUAAAGGGAGGUCAAACACCCAAGGCGCUGAAGCAAUGCAUGGUCUGACGACGCUCGUCUGCUCCUCGCAGCUGGGUGGCAUGGCAUCUGAACGCAUGGCGCGGCAGCAGCCGGCAGGCUUCCGUUCAGAGUUCAGACACACAGACAGGGCCCUGCACGCAUUCAGCUGCAGGGCUGUUCCGUCCGGUCCCAAAUUUUGGUUCGAGAAGUUGUGUAUACACCGAUCCGAUCGACACGUCCAUGUACUCCCUCACUGUACCAAGUGAAAAAAAAAUAGUACGUAGUAUGAAUCUGUAAAUACGUAUGGAACAUUUGUGAUUCGGCCUCCUGCAGCCAAUGCAAAACAGGAUGAGCCGUUCAGCAGAUGCUUGUUGGCCUUUUGGCUUGGAAUUGUGAAUACCUGUCGCAUGCAGAGCCGAGGUGGCAAUGGGCAUCUUUAAAUUUGUUUUUUCGUGAUUCUGUUGGAACUUCAAA